CGGCCAGCUCCGCCGAGGUAUCAAGACUGAGGCGGCGCCGAGGCCUCUGGCCCUCGGACUAGUGAUCUACAAACACUAGUCAUGACCGCACAGUUCAAAGCCUCCUAUCUUUUCCCCUUUCUCUUAGUGGGCUUCGUGGAGACAAAUUCCAAGCCGGAGAAGAUGAAGAUGGAUUGCUACAAAGAUGUGAAAGGCACCAUCUAUGACUAUGAGGCCCCCACUCUUGAUGGAAAGGAACGGAUUCAGUUCAAGCAGUAUAUGGGCAAGCAUGUCCUGUUUGUCAACGUCGCCACCUAUUGUGGUCUGACAGUUCAGUAUCUUGAACUGAAUGCACUCCAGGAGGAGCUGAAGCCCUUUGGCCUAGUUGUGUUGGGCUUUCCCUGCAACCAAUUUGGAAAGCAAGAACCAGGAGAGAACACAGAGAUUCUUCCUGGACUCAAGUAUGUCCGUCCAGGGGGAGGAUAUGUACCUAAUUUCCAGCUUUUCGAGAAAGGCGAUGUGAAUGGUGACAAAGAACAGCAAGUCUUCACCUUCUUGAAGCACUCCUGUCCUCACCCCUCUGAGAUUUUGGGCUCAUUCAGACAUAUCUCCUGGGAACCUGUGAGAGUUCAUGACAUCCGCUGGAACUUUGAAAAGUUCCUGGUGGGGCCUGAUGGAGUACCUGUCAUGCGCUGGUUCCACAAAACUCCAGUCAGCACAGUCAAGUCAGACAUCCUGGCAUACUUGAAUCAAUUCAAAACUAAAUAGGAAGGAAAAGUUGGGGGCAGGAGCCACCCUGCUUCUCACCUAAAGACCUGAUCCCCCCCAAAUCCAUCUUCUCACCACACUGUCUUCCUACAUGGCCUCCACUUGACUAAAUCACCUCCAUGCUGCCACAGUGCUCACUCUCUACCAAGUCGAUUUAUAUUCAGAAGGCUACUGAUAUUCCUCCUUAAAAGAAUAUGUGGGUGAAGAGGAAAAGAAUGGAAACCCUAAACCCCCAGACCUGUGUUACAAAUUUGAUCUUUCAUAUCCAUCAAAGGAAAAUCAUCCUUCCAUGAGGAUGGUUCCGUCUGCUGUCAUAAUCUGCAAAACAUCUCUGAUGCUCUGACCUCCUACUCUUCACUCUAGAGGCAUAAAAGUAACGAUGCAGUUAUAGUCAUGCAAUCUAGCUUCCACUUCAUAACACUUUUUUGUCGCCCAGGACAGACAUAUAUUGUCAGUUUCCAACAUUUUUUGGAUCAGUCUCCAUUUGUAACACCUCCCCCUGCUUGUCUUUCUCCUGUGGGAGCCUUAAGAUAGAGUGGGAGCAAGAAUAUAGCCUCAUAUGAAGGGAGGGCACCUCCAUGCUAAUGGAACCCAGCACCUCUUUCUGGCCUUACAAAAGCUUUCCUGAUUGUCUGAUCUUUAGUUCAUUUGGGUUAUGGUACCUGGGCAAGAAUGCCCUUUAUCUUUUGAAGGAUGGGAUUUCCUCUCUCAAACCUAGUACUGCAACUUUGGCCCUGCCACUGUCUCUAAUAAAAUGUUUUCUGAAGCAUCUAA